AUGUCAGAGAACAAAGUAUUUCGCGUCCUCAUUCUCCCCGGCGACCAUGUCGGUCCUGAAAUCAUGGCCGAGGCCCUCAAAGUCCUCGACAUAAUUGAAGCAAGCCGCCCAGACAUCCGGUUUGAGCGAGACACAGAUAUUGUCGGCGGAUGCAGUAUCGACAAGCACGGCACUCCCGUCACAGACGCCGUCCUCGAAAAAGCCCUAGCCAGCGACGCCGUCCUCUUCGGCAGCAUCGGCGGUCCAGAAUGGGCAGGCGUAGAACCAACUCCCGAGUCAGGACUCUUGAAGCUGCGUCAACGUCUCGAUGCCUUCGCCAACCUGCGUCCUUGCGAGAUCCUCGUUCCAUCGCUAGUUAGCGCAUCGCCUAUUAAAGCUGAGCUUGUAGCCGGGACAAAGUUCAUUGUUGUUCGGGAGAAUUGCGGCGGUGCUUACUUUGGCAAGAAGGAAGAGAGUGAAGAUGAAGCGUCUGAUCUUUGGAUCUAUUCACGACCUGAGGUUGAGAGAUUGGCUCGUGUGAGUGCAGCUGUUGCGAGGAUCUUGCAUGCGAGCAGUGGGAAGGCGAAUGAUGGUAGUAAACCUGUGGUUUGGAGUGCAGACAAGGCCAACGUCCUUGCGAGUGGCCGUCUCUGGAGGCGUGCAACUACAGACAUCUUCAACAAGGAACUCACAGAUAUUGAUCUUCGCCAUCAGCUCGCUGAUAGUCUCGCCAUGUUAAUGGUCCUUGAUCCCAAGCGCUUCAACAACAGCGUCAUUCACACUGACAACACAUUCGGCGACGUGCUCUCCGACAUCUCCGGUGGCAUCACAGGCACUCUCGGUGUCCUCCCCAGCGCAAGUCUCGCCGGCGUUCCAGGUGAGGGAUCUUGCAAGGGCAUUUAUGAGCCUGUUCACGGAAGUGCGCCUGAUAUCUCGGGCAAGAACCUCGCCAAUCCUGUAGCGCAGAUCUUGAGUCUAGCGAUGAUGUUACGAUACUCGUUUUUGCUAGAGAAAGAGGCCGAUGCGAUUGAGCAGUCUGUUUCCAAGGUUCUAGAUACCAAGGAGGGCGGUGGGCUAGAGAUUAGGACAAAGGAUCUUGGGGGUAGUGCAAAGUGCAGCGAGGUUGGAGAUGCGGUUUGUAAGGUCCUGAAAGAUUUGUUGAAGAAUUAG